AUGGCUGGGAAGAACUGCACGGCUAUGACCAAUUUCAUUCUCCUGGGAUUGUCCGAUGCAUCUGAGUUGAGAGUCUUUCUCUUCCUGGUGUUCUUUCUCAUCUAUGGAGUCACAGUUGUGGCCAACGUUGGGAUGAUUGCACUGAUCCAAGCCAGCUCUCAACUUCAUAUGCCCAUGUACUUUUUUCUCAGCCAUUUGUCUUUUGUGGAUCUCUGCUACUCCUCCAUCAUUGUCCCAAAGAUGUUGGCUAAUAUCCUAACCAAAGACAAAGCCAUCUCCUUCUUAGGCUGCAUGGUGCAAUUCUACUUAUUUUGUACUUUUGCAGUCACUGAGGUCUUCCUGCUGGCAGUGAUGGCCUAUGACCGCUUUGUGGCCAUCUGCAACCCCUUGCUCUACACGGUCAUUGUGUCUAAGAAAUUCUGUGUGGGGCUGGUUUCUGGCUGCUACCUCUGUGGGACUGUGUGUUCCUUGAUUCACUUGGGCUUGGCUCUGGAGAUUCAAUCCUUUAAGUCCAAUGUGAUUAACCACUUCUUCUGCGAUCUACCCCCUAUCCUAAGUCUCGCUUGCUCUGAUGUCACUACAAAUGAGGUGGUGCUGUUCAUUGUGGUCACAUUGAAUGAGGUCAUUACUGUUGUGAUCAUCCUCACCUCCUACUUGUUCAUUCUCAUCACCAUCUUGAGGAUGCGUUCUGCAGAGGGACGACGCAAAGCGUUUUCUACCUGUGGCUCCCACCUCGCCGUUAUCACCAUCUUCCAUGGGACAAUCCUUUUCAUUUACUGUCAGCCCAGUUCUGGUAAUAGCCUGGAUAUCGACAAAGUGACCAAUGUGUUCUACACAGUAGUGAUUCCCAUGCUCAACCCCUUGAUCUACAGCCUGAGGAAUAAGGAUGUGAAAGAAGCUCUCAGAAAAGUGGUGGCCUGCAAAAUAUUUUCUUAG